AUGCGUUGGACACCAAUCUUUACGGCCCUAUCUGGCUUAGGUUCGGGAGCUUCUGCAAUCUUUGGCGCUACCAAGGCGAAUGGGAGGACACGGCUUUUUGGGAAUGCCUUCGGUAUCCUCGCCGAGAACGUGACCUACGACUACGUGGUCGUUGGCGGUGGAACAGCUGGGUUAGCAACUGCUUCACGACUGGCUGCCUCCAGUGCAAACGUCACGGUUGCAGUAAUCGAGGCGGGCAGCUUUUAUGAGCUGGACAAUGGGAACACCAGCGUAGUUCCUGGGUACGGAGCCCAGUAUCUGAGUUUCAAUGACUUGGAACCGAGUCCGGUGUUGGUGGACUGGGGAAUCAUCACUGAACCACAAGAGGGUUUUGGGGGACGAAAGAUACAUUAUUCCGCAGGUAAGAAAUGCGCAUACGAUACGUGGUCCGAUCUCGUCGGCGACUCGUCCUUUACGUGGGACAAAUUUCUCCCGUACCUCAAGAAGAGCGUAAAGUUCACCCCACCGAAUCUCGAUAAGAUCGGCCGCAAUGUCUCCAUUCCAUACGACCCUGAAAUGUACAGCCCAACCGGUGGGCCUCUCGAGGCAUCGUUCCCAAACUUUAGGGCGGCAUUCGAUCAAUUCAUGGUGAAGGCAUUCAAUGAGACUGGGUUCAAGCCAAUCGACGGAUUGAACAGUGGCCAUCUAGAUGGCUUUGCGCCAAGCACGCUUGCUGUCAGCGCCGAAUUCCAGACCCGAAGUUCAUCGGAGGCAUCCUUCCUACAGGAAGCUCUUGACACGACAGCUCUGAAGCUCUACCUCCGUACUCUUGCCAAGAAAAUUGUAUUCGAUGGAAAGAAGGCCAAGGGAGUGCUUGUGGAAACGAACGGUGCAGAGUACACCAUCUCGGCCAAGGAAGAAGUCAUUGUCUCGUCAGGCGUGUUCCACUCUCCUCAUCUCCUGCUGCUUUCGGGCAUUGGUCCAGCUGAUGCUCUCUCGAACUUCAGCAUUCCUGUAGUCUCAGAUCUCGCUGGAGUCGGCAAGAACAUGUGGGACCAUCUUUUCAUCUUCACGAGCCAUGAAACGAAUGUCACUACAAACUCCGGUGUCACUGUCAACGAAACCGUUCAUGCUGAGGCCGUGGAAGCGUAUCUCUCAGAACAAACUGGCCCACUUACUGGUGUGGGCGGAGGCGUACUUGGAUGGGAGAAACUCCCCAACCGUUCAUCUCUCUCCCCCGAAACUCAGGAUGCACUCGCAACCUUCGCCGACGACUUCCCCGAGCUCGAAUAUCUCGGCCUCUCACCGGGUUCCAACCCACCUGAUAAACCUGCCGCGAAUAACUAUAUGUCCGUCACCGUUGCUGUCCAAACGAUCCUCUCCCGUGGUAGCGUCACCCUUCGCAGUGCUGACCCUCAUGAGCGACCCAUCGUCGAUGUCAAUGCUAUGAGUACAAAGGCAGAAGAAGAGUUGGCCGUCGGCGCUAUCAAACGGCUAAGAGAGCUGGCUAGAGCGACUGGCGUUUGGGUCAGCGAGGUUGAGCCUGGUCCAAAUGUUGUCACAGAUGCUGAGAUUCUUGAAUGGGUGAGGAAGAAGGCUGAUAAUGGAUAUCAUGCGAGUUCCACGUGCUCGAUGGGCAAGAAAGACGAUAAGAAUGCCGUCGUCGAUACGAGAGGACGAGUCUAUGGCGUUGAAGGCCUGCGAGUUGUAGAUACGAGCAUCUUCCCACUCCUCCCCGCGGGACAUCCGAUGAGUACUAUUUAUGCUCUGUCGGAGCUAAUCGCGGAAGAUAUCAUCUCCGGCAUCUCCUAGGCAGGUGGAGAUCGCCAUUUCUUCAUUGCGCUAUGGUUGGUGUAGUGUCGUUCAUGGGUAACAUUUCAUCAUAUCGCAAAUAGACUCGAGUUGUUUUGCUGCAUCUUUCGGAUAGAGUCCGAAACCAGGUCGGCCACUCAAAUACUGGGAAUCACUACUAGAGUCUCCCACUUUCACUUUUGGUCAACCAUGAACUUCGACAGACAUUCAAAUAUAACAUGAUUCUGCUUUCGACC